AACUACCCAGGCUCCGAACUCUUUACCUUUCUUCUAAUAAUCUUACAGUUCCUUCCCCAGAUCACUUGUCAAACAUCUCUUAUUUUCAGUAUCUUGAUCUGAGCUCUUGCAAGGUAGGGCCUCGCUUCCCCAAAUGGAUUCAGACCUCAAAAAUCUUACCCGUCUUGAUCUUUCCAAUACUGGAAUUUCAGACACAAUUCCUCUGGAGUUUUGGGACAUGUGGCCUUCUCAAUUAGAAUAUCUGAAUCUCUCUUCCAACAACAUUAGCGGGAAAGUACCAGAUUUAUCAUCAAAUUUUGCCAAAUAUUCAGAGAUAGAUUUGAGUUCCAACAACUUUUAUGGUCCAAUACCGAAUGUUCCUUCCACCUUGUUCUCAUUAAAUAUUUCCAGAAACAAAUUUUCUGGGGGAAUCUCAUUUGUAUGCCAAAUUGUUGAUGGGUUCUUAUCAUUUCUUGACCUCUCUCAUAACUCAUUAAUCGGACAACUCCCGGACUGUUUGUGGCGUUUCAAAGGACUACAAGUUCUUAAUCUUGGACACAACAAUCUCUUUGGACGGAUUCCUCCCUCUGUUGGAUCUUUGAUACAACUCCAGGUGUUGUAUUUAUACAAGAACAACUUCUCUGGAGAAUUGCCUUUGUCCUUAAAAAAUUGCACGGGUUUAAUCUCGUUGAAUUUGGGGGCCAACAAGUUUUCUGGUAAUGUGCCUGUCUGGAUUGGGGAAAACUUAUCAGGGUUGUAUGUUGUUAUCCUAAAAUCAAACAACUUCAUUGGAACCAUCCCUUUACAGUUAUGUCAGUUAGGUAAUCUUCAAAUUGUAGACCUGUCGAUGAACAAUCUUCAUGGAACCAUCCCCUCAUGUUUGAGUAAUCUUACGAGCAUGGUUCACCAAGGAGGAGUCUUACAAGAUGUAUACUUUCAAACAAGUAUAAACAAUAUUGUAUAUGCAUCAGGGAUAUAUGUUGACCAUGCAAUGAUUCAGUGGCAAGGAGGUGAACAUGAAUUCUUAAGUACUCUGAAAUUGGUGAAGAGCAUUGACCUGUCAAGCAACAACUUAACAGGACAAAUCCCAUAUCAAAUUACCAAUCUUUCAGAUUUGAUUGCCCUGAAUUUUUCAAUGAAUGCUCUAUCUGGAGAGAUUCCACAGCAUAUUGGUGAGAUGAAAAAGCUUCUAACGGUGGAUUUAUCCAGAAACAAUUUAUCAGGGAGGAUACCAUCAAGCAUGUCUCAGAUGAGUUUAUUGAAUGACCUAGAUUUGUCAUUUAAUAACUUGUCUGGAAGAAUCCCAACCAGCACUCAACUCCAAUCCUUUCAACCAUCAAGAUACAAUGGAAAUGCAUGUCUAUGUGGACCUCCUCUUACCAAAAGUUGUCCUCUAGAUGAAGAAUCAAAAGUACCACCUCUUAUUGGUAAAGGUGAGGGUGAUGGGGAAGACACAAAUGAUGAACUCUGGGGAUGGUUUUAUACUGGUGUGGGCAUUGGUUUUGCUACUGGAUUUUGGAUAGCAUGUGGCGCUUUACUUCUCAACCGUCGAGGGAGACGUGCAUUUUUUCAAUUUUAUGACAGCUUCAAAGAUUGGGUUUAUGUGAAAGUGGUUGUGUUCAUUUCAAGUUUGCAAAAGGCUAGACACACAUAGUUUGUCAUCUAGUUUUUAUUUUUGAUUUCUUAUUUUCCAGUAUGUAAUGUAAUGUAAUUUGGUUGGAGUUUUUAAAUCCCCCAUAUCAAUAUAUUUGCCACCAGCACCAUGGGUGGCCAUUUCCCC